UUCGCAGUAUAUUUGAAGCAGUUUCCCUUUAAAGCCGUGGUCAAUGUCAGCCUGCAGGCGACAGAGCGGACAGUCGAAAUGAAACCUCUGUGGAGGAAACUCUUCCACCGAUCGCUUCCACUGCCUCAAGAACAGUGCAGCUCGUGCCAUUAAAAAAAUCGCCGUUACUUUUCCCGCGUUUUGUUUUACUAAACGUCAACAGAGUUUAAAAGUUUAUUUUUUUAAGUGAUUUUGUUUUUAAAUUCUGGAUUGUUGUGUGCCAGUGUGUUCAGUACUUAUUUGAAAUUUAUGAUUUAAUAGUUUUAUUAGUUUUUAAUUAAAGAAGAGUGACUGCUGUGUGUGUACGAGUGCGGAGUCAGUUUCUUCUACUUAUCUAUUCACAGCGGAAACAUAAAAGGCAUCACCAUGUACGGCCUGCUCUUGGAGAACAUGGCGGAGUACAUCCGGCAGACGUACGGCGAGGAGCGCUGGGAGGACAUCCGGCGGCAGGCGGGCGUGGAGCAGCCCUCCUUCUCCGUGCACCAGGUCUACCCGGAAAACCUCAUCUGUAGAUUGGCCAAGAAGGCGCAGGAGGUCCUAGGAAUAUCGGAGCGUGAGUUCAUGGACCAAAUGGGCGUGUACUUCGUCGGCUUCGUCUCUCAGUACGGCUACGAUCGCGUCCUGUCAGUCUUGGGCCGUCACAUGAGGGACUUCCUCAAUGGCUUGGACAACCUCCAUGAGUACCUCAAGUUCAGCUACCCGAGGAUGAGGGCACCCAGUUUUAUAUGCGAGAACGAGACACGGCAGGGGUUAACGCUCCAUUAUAGGUCUAAAAGGCGCGGGUUUGUGUAUUAUGCUAUGGGGCAGAUUCGGGAGGUAGCGAGACAUUUCUAUCACAAAGAAAUGCGAAUAGAGCUUGUACGAGAAGAAUUACUUGUGGACACAGUUCAUGUGACCUUUCAACUAACUUUUGAUAAUCGUGCCUUCACUUUGGCAUCUUUGGCAAUGACACGCGAAGAAAAACAUCUGCCAAUAAGCGCUUCUGUACUAUUCGAGAUAUUCCCUUUUUGCAUCGUUUUUGGUUCGGACAUGGUGGUACGCAGCAUCGGCAACUCUCUGAUGGUGAUUCUGCCAGACCUGGUGGGGAAGAAGAUCACCAACUGGUUCGAUCUGGUGCGGCCGCUCAUCGCGUUCAAAUUCCAGACGAUCCUGAACCGCACGAACAACAUCUUCGAGCUGGUGACGGUGGAGGCGGUGAUGCACGAGAAGCCCUCGGACAAGCGCUCCGAGAUCCUCAAACUGAGCGACGAGACCGACGGCACCACCGAGAAGAACCUCAGACUCAAAGGUCAGAUGAUCUACAUGGACAACUGGCGCAUGAUGAUGUACCUGGGCACGCCGGUGAUGCCCGACCUGUCGGCGCUGGUGUCUACCGGGCUGUAUAUCAACGAUCUGUCUAUGCAUGACUUUAGCAGAGACCUGAUGCUAGCAGGCACGCAGCAAUCGGUGGAGUUGAAACUGGCGCUGGACCAGGAGCAGCAGAAGAGCAAGAAGUUGGAGGAGUCCAUGAGGAAACUUGACGAGGAGAUGAAAAGAACUGAUGAACUGCUGUACCAGAUGAUACCGAAGCAGGUGGCCGAUAGACUGCGCAAGGGAGAAAACCCUAUUGAUACUUGUGAGAUGUUCAACAGCGUCUCGAUCCUGUUCUCUGACGUCGUCACGUUCACGGAGAUCUGCUCCCGCAUCACGCCCAUGGAGGUGGUGUCCAUGCUCAACGCCAUGUACUCCAUCUUCGACACCCUCACCGAGAGGAACCGCGUCUAUAAGGUAGAGACGAUUGGAGACGCAUACAUGGUGGUGUCGGGGGCUCCGGAGAAGGAAGACAAUCAUGCUGAGAAGGUGUGUGACAUGGCCCUGGAUAUGGUCGAUGCUAUCACAGACUUAAAGGAUCCUAGCACAGGAUCCCACUUGUCAAUUCGCGUGGGUGUCCACUCAGGGGCUGUAGUCGCUGGUAUUGUAGGCCUUAAGAUGCCCCGUUACUGCCUCUUCGGAGACUCCGUAAACACUGCCUCAAGGAUGGAGUCCACGUCAGAAGCUAUGCGGAUACACAUAUCACAGACCACGCAUGAACUGCUCUCUCCUGAAUAUAUGGUCACUGAGCGCGGAGAAAUACAGGUUAAGGGGAAAGGAGCGAUGAAGACCUACUGGCUGGAAGGUCGCGAAUCACGAUCGGCUCUCAAUAAGAUGAUAUCCCCACAACUGCAGCCUGGCACUGAGCCGGAGUGGGAGCGAGCGGCUGACAUCCGCGACAGCAUCGCAGAGCAUUCAGCUCUCGUACUCAAGGAGAGCUCCCCGAAUGUUUCCGGAAACUUUCCCAAUGACCUCCUCCCGAAUUCCGCAGUCAGCUCCGGUGCGAACUCACUGGUUAAUGGUGCUGGCAAUAUUGUCGUCACUUUGAAGACUUCGCAAGGUCAAAUAACCAGCACAGCUGCACCUACAGUGACGUCACCAGUGGAAGAGAGACGGAUGUAUUCGCCCGUCACCUUCCAAGACGUGGCGAGGCGGAGUAUCGCCAACUCACCCAGCAGGCAUGAGAAGGGAAGAGAAACCAGGUCCAAUUCGGCAAGUGUCGGUGGAACCUGGACUGAUGCAGAGUCCAUGGACUUCAGGACGUACGACACUCCACGCAACAUCCCCACUUCCGACAGCCUGAAUUCUACCUUCUGUUUCAGUACUACAUCACCUUACAGACCUGGCACCGCGCCCGCCACCAAGGACCCUGAUAAUGACAGCUUCAAUGAUUUAUUGAGUAAGCCUCGUAUGUCUCCACCCCGCUCCGCUCCAGUACUGACAGAGUCAUUCUCUACUCUGAGGCCUGAGACUGCCUGUUCGAUGAUACCAAGGAACAGUGUUGAUGACCUGGAAACCGACACAGAAUACCAAGACGCUCAUACUGAAGAGCCAGCCCACGUGUGCACCAUAUCAGAAAACGUAGAGCAAACAACUCAGCCGAAGCUGGGCAAAGCUGGACGAUUCAAGGCCAAAAUCGCACCAGGACACCACAAGGGUUGCGUCAACCAAAAAGCAACACUCAAAGAUUCGAUGAAGGAUAAAGGUAGCCAAAGUGGUAACCUGACCGCCCACGGCCAUCAUCAUACCAAGAAUGCGAACCAUCACCAGUGCUGUGGGGCGUUCGGUAACCCACAUGUGCGACAUAAAUCUAGUAAUUCCAGUUGUAGUAUAAUUUAAGCUGUCGCUCGUUUCUCAGUGUUAUGUUAGAUGAAAUUUUAGAUGUUUUGAACGUUGAAUGAUAUAGUGUCUGUACUUCGGACUUAGUCCGAAUUUUAGUGAUUUAUUGAGGUACUUACUUACUU